CCUACUCGGAGUCUGGAGUUUGGGGCUGCGGGACCAGUUGGCAUCCAGAGCGGACUAGUCAUCAGAUUUCAAGAUGCUGCGACUACAGAGGACCAAAAUGGGCAGGCUGAGGGCCAGCCUCUCCAGAGGUCUCCACCAUAGAGCCGUGAUGGCCCUCCGGCGGGAGGAUGUCAAUGCCUGGGAGAGGAGGGCACCUCUGGCUCCCAAGCACAUCAAAGGCAUCACCAAUCUGGGAUACAAGGUCUUGAUUCAGCCUUCCAAUCGGCGGGCCAUUCAUGACAAGGAAUAUGUCAAAGCUGGAGGCAUUCUUCAGGAGGAUAUUUCUGAAGCUUGUCUAAUUUUGGGAGUUAAAAGACCACCAGAGGAAAAAUUAAUGUCCAGGAAAACAUAUGCGUUCUUCUCCCACACAAUAAAAGCUCAGGAGGCCAAUAUGAGCUUGUUGGAUGAGGUUUUAAAACAGGAAAUCCGACUUAUUGAUUAUGAGAAAAUGGUGGAUCAUAGAGGAAUACGGGUGGUGGCAUUUGGACAAUGGGCAGGCGUGGCAGGGAUGAUCAAUAUUUUACAUGGAAUGGGUUUAAGGCUCCUUGCUUUGGGACAUCACACACCAUUUAUGGGAGCCCAAGAAAUCUUUAAUGAACUACCCUGUGAAUAUGUGGAGCCCCAUGAAUUAAAAGAAGUUUCCCAAAAUGGAGACCUCAGAAAAGUGUAUGGGACAGUGUUAAGUCGACAUCAUCAUCUUGUCAGAAAGACAGAUGGUGUGUUUGAUCCUGUAGAGUAUGACAAACAUCCCGAGCGCUACAUAAGUCGUUUUAAUACAGAUAUUGCACCCUACACAACUUGUUUAAUUAAUGGAAUCUACUGGGAACAAAAUACCCCUCGCCUCCUAACCCGCCAUGAUGCUCAAAGUCUCUUGACUCCAGUCAAGUCUUCAGGGAUUACUGUUGAAGGAUGCCCUGAAUUACCACACAG